AUGCUCGAGCAGAUGCUAGCAAAAACAAACACCUAUCUCAAUGAGGCCUUGCGCUGUGAUGUGAUCCUGAUUGCCACAGCACUCAAUCCCAGCUUUCGCUUAUCGAUUUUCAAGUUUUCGUUUCCCAGCCACCACAAUCACACUCAGAACCUCCUGGAGUCUCUUUUCAACACCAGGAAAGCCAAAAUUUCUGUCCCAACCGAAUCCGCCCCACCAGUAGCUGCCGACAAGUCUAAAUCCAUCAAACAAGCUCGAAAGCAAACCGACUACUUUCCUGACUCAGUCAAGGCUCCUGUUACUGAUGAGCUUGCUAUCUACUUGGGGGUCCAAGGAUUUGAACCGGACGAAACUUUUGAGACUGCACAGGCUAUCAUCACCCAGGAAAAUGAAGAGGAGGCUUUUCAAAAGGGGAAGAAAAUCCCCCAUCACAUGAAGUAG